CUCCCUUUCUUAUCAUCAGCAAUAUCUUCCGAGAGCUGAUAUUAAAUGUGUGUGUAUUUGAGUUUUGUCAGACGUGUAUCAAUCAGAUAUGAUUAUUUACGUCUGGGACCGACCUUUAACGUCACCAUCCGAAAGACGUGACCAGGGCUCGAACCUCGAACCUCUGCAUCAAUUUGUAACUUCCCCACAGCUUGGAUUACAGGCGCACGCCACAACGCCUAGUUGUACGUCAUAUGCAUACAGACAUCUCUGAUAAAUUUAAUAAACGAGUCUAACGAGAGGUGUAGAAAAAGUUUCGAAGGCCGAUCAUCAACGCAACGCACAUGUACAAUGCGUCACGUCACUAUGGAUACGCACUAUACAGAUAGUGCAGAGCUAGAGAAGGGGGUAGCGCGCGAGCAACAGGUGUAUUUUUAUACCAGUCUGUUUUUGGCCAGGAAAAUCUAAAAAAUCUGUUCAAAAUGACGGCACAAUGUAUGGGGAACUUUGGAGCCCACAAAUGGCGUUAUCCAGAAUUUGUUGCUGAGCGAUAUGGCCGUUCAAAUAGAUCUGAGCCAGAAAGUCAACCCACUAAACAAGAUGAUGUUGCGAUCCAUGGGGUAAGCGAUCAGACCGUGUGGGUCAACAAGCGGUACAUCCCGACCGAUCUCCGCAGCACCGCCCCGGUACCUCGCCACAAGCUGCUAGCUCCACGUCGUCUGCCUCAGGCCGAGAGACACUGGGUGCCGUUGGGAGAGGCCUCUCUUCGACAGUUCUCAAGGGCAAUGGAAGAGAGAGAACUCUACGUUUCUCAACCGAGUUCGAGGUCUGAAGAUUGGUCUACCCUUCGACAAAUACUGCCAUCAAAAGGACUACCAUUAAGACAUAGCCCACCGAACUGGGGUACGGGCAGUGCCUAUGCCCCACCAAUGAUCGGAGCAAGACAAAGGCGGUUUCCUCAUAUAAACAGUCCAAUGACAAGAUAUGUGGAUGACAUGCAUACAACGCACAAACUUUUCAAGCUUCAUUAACUCUGGCAGGGUGCCCACUGGAAAGCCUGUAUCCCAAGAUGUUUCCAUGCUUGUUUCGAAGUCUUUCCAAACUGUGGCCAGUGUAAUCUCUGCAAUAAGGAAACAAACUGACAAAAGAGAAUUUCUGCUAUUUUGGUUUAUAUGACACCUAGAUAGAUCCUUGAUUUGAUUGGUUGUUUGAUAUCGUUCAUUCAGCCCAUUUUGCAAUGACGUCAUCAACCGUGCAAUUUUGGAUCCAUUCAUCGUGCAAUUUUGGAUCCAUACAAUUUUGUCCAUUGCACUCGGGCACAGAGACUGCAGCUGCUGGCACCAGCAGUGCACAUGUUGUAUGACAUAACAAUCAACAGACCGUACUCGCACUGCAUGAGCAUGUUUUGCAUUCAUGAAUUUCAUAUGAAAAAAAAAAUUAGGUGUCAUAUAAACCAAAUAAUGAAUGUUUUUUUUAUUCGUGCAAUGGACAUAAUACUUCAUUCGGUGAAAGAUGAAACAAUGAUCCAUUCAACUCGGCAACGCCUCAUUGAAUGGAUCAUUUCAUCUUUCACCUCAUGACGUAUUCUGUCCAUUGCACUCAUAAACAUUCAUUAUUUGUAUACUAUUGAACCAGAACAUAGAUAUAUGAAAAGAAUAUGAAUUCUUAUAAUCUUGAAGGUGAUGUUUUGAUUAUGACAAUAAAUUAUCAAUAAAAAAAUUGCAAAAUAGAGAAAUAUAUGUCUAUGAUAAAAAAAAGAAAGGUGUGUUUCAAUUAUCAAUUGUUUAAUCAGAAAUAAGAGGGUGGUUUUAAUUUUGAAUGAUACACUCAGAAAAAUGAAGAAUAAAACUAGAAAAAUGACUGGUGAUUUGAUUUGAUUGGUUAGCUAAAUAACAUUUAAAAAAGGAAUCCUUAUUUUAUUGAUUUAUAACUAAUUUUGCCAUUUAAAUAUGAACUAAUGAUAUAUGGAAAUGUUUUAAAAUGGCUGCCUGGUAAUUCACUGUAGACUAUAUAAUCAAAGAAUUUAUACAAAAUGUGUACUUUGGUUUUUGAGGGACUUACAAAUCAAUUUAUGAAUUCAUUACUGGCAGUGAACAUUGAACAUUUUCAUCCCAGUAUAGCUACUGUAUGAGCUGCCAAAGGGAUUACUACAUCAAUUAUCAGUACCAAGUGAUAUUGAAUGCAUUUAUUGCAUUAGGUCUAAAAAUUCAUUUUGCUAACUUAGCAAUAUAGUUCUUUGUAUUACCUGUUUUGCUGUAAAAAUUUACAUUCCGUCCAAUUUGAUAUUGUGUGUUGCCCGAGUUAAAACAGUAUUAUGGAUUAUUUAUAUUUCAUGAUCUAUGCAAUUUUAAAAGUAUCUUUCGAUUUACAUGUAUAUUAUUUUUUGUAUGCAAUUAACAAAUAUUUUAACCGUUGUAUAAAACAUGUACAUAUAUAUAAGAAAAAAAAUAGUUUCUUGACUCGAUAAUGAUCAAAAUAUUAAUCAGUAUGAGAAAACUACAAAUAAUACAAGAACAAGAGUUCUGCAAUUUUUUUUUUAUCUGUCUGUACCACAUUCGUUUUCGUUUGCAUGAUGUGUCAUGAAAAUUGACUUAUGCUUUGAGAAAAAUACAUGUAUGUUGUUGUUGGAAGAGUAAAUUUUAUCUAAAGCAAUAUUCUGGGAUUUACAAAAAAUAUUGUUAUAUGACUGAUGGUCCGCAUCGCUACAUUUAUUGAAUUAAAAAAUACUAGCUUUUAUUCUGUGCCAUGAUUUUUCCCCCAUUGAAUUUACUUUAGUAGAUACUUCAGUUUCUAUUAACAACUUUUUAUUUCUUUUUUCUUUUUCAGCAUAUAGAUUAAUAAUACAAAUAAAUUGCUAUAACGGUCCAUUCUAUCAUAAAUUUUUAGUUCUCUUAAAAGUAACUUAUGCACUUUUGCACACUGUACAGCAAUUAAUUUUUGUGAGAGGUUUUUUCUUGUCUCAUUGUUUUGUCUUGCCAAGUUUCACCACUGUUUGAUAUUGACUUGGUUGUGUUUUGCGUGCCAUACCAUAAUCAUUAGGAGUAGGUCUAUAUAUGUUUGCAUUAACACAAGAAAAUCAUGAAUAUGUUACAAUGUGUGCAGUAUACAAAUAAUUUGUGCUUCAAAUUUGAAAUAAUGAAUCUAAUGCAAUUAUUAUGAUUAAGCCACUCACAAAUGUAUUAGCAUUUUAUAAGCAAUGAUUAUCACUUUUAAUCAUUGUAUAACUUAGUCUAGAUAUGACCACUAAUGUGAGCAGAUCCGUUCCAGCAUUUUACUUUUUUGCCCUUGUAAAUGCUGGCUUUCAGUGCUAUGUAAAUUUUGUGCAGUAUUCACAUGAGCAGCCACUGAAUCAAAUAAACCUUUUAGCCUGAAUUCAUAACUGGUCUUGAAUUCAUAAGUUCCCCUUUUUUUAAAGCCAUGGUUUAUGCAUAUUUCAUGCAUUAAUGUUUAAUUUACAUGUAGCACAUGUAUUUAGAAAGGGGUAACUUAAUGGUGAAGGCAAGCAUUUGCCACAGGACGCUAAAUUCACAAGUCUUGCUAUAGUUUUAAGAAUCAACAAGCCCGCAGUUUUUAAUGAAUGAUUCCACUGUUUGUUUCAUUUAAUUCACAAUAGUGGAUUCAUAUAGCAACCAGUAUGAUUUGUGCGCUGUGGCAAAAUUUUGCAUCCUUUAUUUUACCCUUCCUAAUGCAUGAAAUCUGUAUAUACCACAGUUUGAAAUCACAGAUUCAAAACUACCUUUGUGUGUUUGGGCCAAUAAUUUUCACAAUUCUAUGCAUGUUUUAUGUCACUUUGCUGCAUGCAUUUCACUGCAGUAAUUGUACCAGUAUUAAAUACUAUUUCUUUUUAUGUUGCCUCUA